AUGGCAACUCCUGCCGACCCUUCACUAAACACCACAUCCUCUCCCCCCGCCGCCCCUACCCCAGCGCCCGCGUCAGAACCCCCAGCCGCGAUGGAAGCACCAUCCCAAGCACAGGCCCCGAAGGCACCCAAGGCCCCGAAACCCGCAAAGCCCGCCAAGCAAGCCCCCAAAGACAAACCCGCCGCGUCUGCCCCCGCCGACGCCCAAGGCGACGAGAAGCUCUCCCCCGCCGAGCUGAAGAAAAAGGCCAAGGCCGAGAAGGCCGCCCGUCGCGCCCGCGAAAAGGCUGAGCGCGAGCAAGGGGCACCGGGUGGAGGACAGGGCCCGAAUACGCCGGCCGGCAAGAAGGGUGGUAGUGGUGAUGCUGGCGCCCCGGCCGCGGGGUCAGCGGCCAAGGGGCAGAAGCAGAUUCCCCGACGCGGGUCUGCGCAGGCUGUGCCGCAGGCUGAGGAGGUGAAGAAGAAGAAGGAGAACAAGAAUGUUGCUGUGUUUGGGCAUCUUUAUGGGCAGCAGAGGCGGAAUACGGUUGCUGGGGCUGGGAAGGAGGUUCAUCCGGCUGUUUUGGCGCUCGGGUUGCAGAUGAGGGAUUAUGUGGUUUGUGGGAGUAGUGCUCGGUGCGUUGCGACGCUGUUGGCUUUUAAGAGGGUCAUUGAAGCGUACACGACGCCAAAGGGCACGUCCCUUGCUCGCCACUUGACUACGCAUCUUUCUCACCAGAUCACCUACCUCUCCACAUGUCGUCCUCUCUCCAUCAGCCAGGGAAAUGCCAUCCGCGCCCUCAAACUCGCCAUCUCCUCCAUCGACCCUUCCGUCCCCGAAGCGCAGGCCAAGACAACAUUAUGCGAGUUCAUCGACAGCUUCAUCCGCGAGAAGAUCACCGUGGCGGACCAGGUCAUCGCCGGCAGCGCAGCGCAAAAGAUCAAAGACGGCGACGUGGUUGUGACAUUCGCAGGCAGCUCGAUCGUGAAGCAGACGCUCCUCACGGCAUUCAAGCAGGGCAAGAAAUUCCGCGUCUCGAUCAUUGACUCGCGCCCGCUCUUCGAAGGCAAGAACCUCGCUCGAACACUCGCCAACGCCGGGCUGGAAGUGCAGUACUCGCUCAUCAGCGGCCUCAGCCACGCCGUCAAGGACGCAACAAAGGUCUUCCUCGGCGCCCACGCCAUGACCAGUAACGGGCGGCUGUACUCGCGCGUCGGCACGGCGCUGGUCGCCAUGUCGGCCAAGGAGCGCGCCGGCGGCGUCGAGAUCCCCGUCAUCGUAUGCUGCGAGACCGUCAAGUUCACAGACCGCGUCGCGCUCGACAGUAUCGUCGUUAAUGAAAUCGCUGAUGCCGACGAGCUUGUCCUCACGCAGCCGCCUCACCAGUUGACCGACCUGCCGGACCCUGCUGCCGCUGCGCAGCCCGAGCCCAAGAAGGGCGGCAAGUCUGCACCCUCGAACCCCACACCUGAAUCGGCGCCGAAAUCAAGUGACUCCCCGCUUGCGGACUGGCGGGACACGCCGAACCUCCAGCUGCUGAAUCUGCUUUAUGAUGCGACGCCUGCGGAGUAUGUUGAUAUGGUUGUUACCGAGAUGGGUAGUUUACCGCCUAGCGCGGUGCCGAUUGUGCAUCGGAUGAGUACGAACUUGUAG